AUGACUCUAGGAGACAGGAAGCCGCGCCUCAGUCUAAGGCAGGGGCUCGAUCGCGAUGUGUACAUGGUCAUGAAGAAGCUUGAGGAUGCAAACGACGGCAAGCCUUUCAAAACAUCAUCAUCUGUUUACGACGCUAUCAAGAAAUCAAAUUCUAGCCUUAGCCGACAAAAGAAGCGCCCUUUGGAAGACUCGAUCGACCGCGUACUUCAAUUCCGCAAAGAAGAGCUCGGCGAUUCAAGCGACUCUGAAGCCGAACUCGAAGAACCACCCAAGCCCGACGACGACCGUUUCCUUCUCAACAGACAAAUGACGAAGCACUGGAACACGACAACAUCUACAACUCCCGAUAACAUGCCUCAGUCUACGAACGAAAGACCCCGCGCGAACAAGAAGCGUCGCUUGCAGGAAGAUGGAGAAGAGCGAGCAAAGGAUGGUGGCAUCACGACCAAGGGUGCUUUGACGGAUACAGAUGCUGCACCUACAGAAAAGCAAGACAAAGCACCUCUGAAGAAAACACAAAAGACGAGCCGCUACAAGCUCGAGCUUCCUUCCGGCCUGGUUGAGCUUGGAGGUGUGAAAGAAAUGCAACAAGGUAUUAUCGAACAUAUAAAAUGUCUUUUCAAAUGGCCAGGAACAUACUCUACCAACGGCUGGCGAGGGCUCCCUGGUCUUCUUCUCUCAGGCCCGACUGGCAUUGGCAAGACGACGUUGAUCAGAUCAACAGCUGCGAAGCUCGACUUGCCGAUUGUGCAUCUUAUGGGAUGCUUUGAGGACCCGGAGCGCAUGGAAAAAAGCCUUAACGAGGCGGUUGAGGAAGCCAUGCGAGUCGCUCCGUGUAUCAUGUUUAUCGAAAAGCUUGACUGGUUUAUGUCUAGACCUGGAGCUAUUGGUCAUAGCGAAAGCCAUCGUCGCAACGUUUUACAGUUCAUCCGACAGAUGCGGCGUAUCGCAGCUGAGCAAGACAAAGACAGACGCAUUUUAGCAAUGGCUACAACAUCCCGAAUUACAGAUAUCGACCCUACUAUUAUCACGACUGGAUUGUUUGAGGAGACCAUCCAGAUGAGGAUACCAGAUCUUGAGGCUCGACGAGAUAUCUGGAGUGUCAUUGCCGGAAAGAUAAAUCUAGCAGAAGAUGUCGACUUUGCAGAGCUUGCCAAGAUUACUCAUGGUUUCCUCGGCGCUGACAUUAUCAACGUCGCCAGACGCGCUCAGUUGUACCCGCAGAAACGCAUGAUGCACAUGGAUCAAUAUCGUCACUACUUCAUCGACACAUCAGCCCAGUCACAACCAGAUCUAGAUCUCAUGGAACUUGCCGACCAACAAUCGCCUAGCCCUAUUACUGAAUACCCUAGUUUACCUAUGUUCCAAGAGGAUUUCAAAAAGGCUAUCAAAGACUAUACCCCCUCCCUACGAAAAGAGGGCUUCACCGUCAUUCCCAACGUCUCCUGGGAGCAGGUCGGUGCUCUCAAGGCUGCCCGCGAUCAGCUCAACAUGUCAAUCAUUGGACCCAUCAAAACCCCCGAGCUCUACCGUCGUGCUGGCCUUAGCCGUCCAGCAGGUUGCCUUCUCUGGGGCCCCCCUGGCUGCGGUAAAACCCUCGUCGCUCAAGCUGUCGCCAACGAAGCACAGGCAAGCUUCAUCCUUAUCAACGGGCCGGAAUUACUUAAUAAGUACGUCGGUGAAUCAGAGCGCGCAGUGCGUGAGCUAUUCAACCGGGCGCGCUCAUCAACACCCUGCAUCCUCUUCUUCGAUGAAAUGGAUUCCCUCGUUCCAAAGCGAGACAAUGCAUCAACAGAGGCAGGCACCCGUGUUGUCAACGCACUGCUCACGGAGCUCGAUGGUGUUCAAGAUCGCACAGGCGUAUAUGUUAUCGGCACAACCAACAGACCAGAUAUGAUCGACCCGGCCAUGCUUCGACCCGGCCGUCUCAAUGUCCGUCUUUUCAUCGACCUACCUACCCCUGACGAGAGGGUCGAUAUCCUCCGAGCCAUCUAUCGCACAAAUCACCCCGACGCAACAGCCGAGGAAUUCGACCGCCUCGAGCCCAUUGCUCGAGAUACCCGCUGCACCGACUUUAGCGGUGCUGAUCUAGGCGGACUCCAUGUGAAGGCUGCCGAAAGUGCCCUUCGACGAUGCCUUCAGGGGGUUAAGCCAGAGGCUGAGAUUGACGGGGUGGAUUGGGAGCAUGCCCUCUCCACCACCUAUAGAAGUGUGCAGAAUCCUGAGACUUAUCGAAAACUUGAGGUGAAGUUGGGGAAAUCCUAG